AUGACAGUACGAUCUGGACGCCAAUAUUGUGGUGAACAUGAACCUCAAGGCAUGACUGAAGAAGACGGUCAAGACAAUAUUCGUAUUCCAUGUCCAAAUGAUCCGAAACACACAUGUUAUGCAAGAAAAUUGCAAAAACAUCUCUCCAUCUGCAAUGCCCGAAGUCAUGAGGAACCUGAAUAUAUUCAGAGGGAUGUAAAUGCACCAACAGAGCUUGGUCUUUCUACAAGGCUAUCUCUCAAUGAAUAUGCUCCAGAGAAAAUACUGCAGGUUAUUGAAAAAAUAAAUAGUUUCUAUAGUGAGCUUGUUGAUGGCAACAUUGAAAUCAUUCCUGAGCAACCAAUUCAUGGAACAAUAGAAGAAGAGUUCAACACUCCUGGUCGAACAGAAAGUUCUUUGAGGCAUCUCAGACAGGCAUCAAGUAUUUUACAUUUAGUUGAGAAGGAAGGUUUAGUGCGCGACGGAAAUUGCUAUGUGGAAUUAGGUGCUGGUAAAGGGCAUCUGUCGUGGUACGCGUGCCGGGCGUGGUGCGGCGGCGGCGACGGUGGCGACGGUGGCAACGGUGGCAACGGUGGCAAUGGCGGCAACGGCAGCCGCGUGCUGCUGGUGGACCGCGCCUCGCUGCGGCACAAGCGCGACAACAAGCUGCGCGCGCGGCCGGGGCUGGCGCAGCGCGUCAGGGCCGACCUGGCGCACCUGCUGCUGCCCAGGGCGCCCGCCGUGCGCCGCAGCCGAGCGGUGGUCGGCCUCGCCAAGCACUUGUGCGGCGUCGCCACCGACUACGCGAUACGUUGCGCGGUAAAUGGUCCAGAGAGCAAAACAAUAGGCCUUGUGAUUGCGACAUGCUGUCAUCACCGCUGUGAAAUUAAUGCAUAUGUGGGAGAACUCCAGGAGUUAGGUAUCGACAGCGAAGAGUUCUAUAUAAUGCUGGGCGUUGUUUCGUGGGCUACUUGCGGCGACGGGCGUGCUCGGAUACGUGACCAUAAUAUUAAAUCCCCCCAACAUAGAGGAAUAGAACACCAAGAAAAUUUCACAGCGAGUAGACCUGAUGGCCAACAAGAAUCUACUCCUAUCAAUGCUGAAAGUACAGCCGAGAAAGAACUGCCAUCGGCCCAUGCGUCAAGGCAAAGCUUAAAACUCGACAUAAAAUAUAAGGAGCUGAUAGGACGACGCGCCAAGGCGCUGUUGGACUGGGGCAGAGUACUGUUCCUGAAAAAACGCGGCUUCAAUGCACGCUUGUGUUACUUUGUGCCUCAAACUGUGUCAUUGGAGAAUGUUUGCAUUGUCGCUACCAAGCCGACA